GCACCAAAUACAUUUUCAAUCUCAUAUAAGUUUCCUACGCCUUUAGUGCUUGUACACUAGAAAAAUGGCGAGGAUGGUAACGAUGGUCUUAUGUGUAGUGGCGACUUGCAUGGUGGUGGCGGCACCCUAUGCAGAGGCCGAUAUUUCCUGUCGUCAGGUGAUAAGGAUCUUAUCUCCAUGCAUUGACUACCUAACAGAAGGUGGUGGUGUGUCAACGUUAUGUUGCAAUGGGGUUAGGGCACUCAAUAACACUGCAAAUACAACCUGUGAUCGUCAGAUGGCUUGUCGCUGUUUAAAGAGUGCUUCUGCGGAAAAUUCCGGAAUCAAUCCUAUCAAUGCUGCUAGCCUCCCCCGCAAGUGUCGUGUCAACAUCCCUUACAAGAUCAGUCCUAGCACUAAUUGCACCGAGGUGCAGUAGUGAGCUCGAGAUGUUAAUGCAUGUUCUGAAGAAUAAAAGCAUAUAUAUUACAAUAAAUAUCGAGAGCACUAUUUUGUUUGAAUAAUGCAUAUAUUACUGUGUAUGUCUAUGAUUUUUACGGCCUUUAAAUUUUACUGGUGCUCUUGUAAUAUUUGUAUGUCAUCGCU